AUGGUUCAGCUACCUGCGUCGAAGCGUGCGGCCACUGAGGAGCAAAUGAAGGCUCUGGCCCAGCAAAGCAAGGAGGCUGAAGAGAAGCUCAUAGCACAGAAGAAAGCGAAGCGACCGGCUGACAAGUCGAGAUCCUCGGCGUCUAUGGCGGCCCUUGUUCGACAAGGCUUGGCUGGUGGGGACACCAUGGCUCUUGAUCGGGUCCUUCAUACUACCAACAAUGCUGUUAUGGCAGCUACUGCGAGGGACAUCACUGGUCCAGAAGCUGCACAGAUAUUGUCGCACAUUUGCAUCGCUUUGGAUAAGUCUCCUGCCCGGGCCGUGGUCCUGUCGGAAUGGACACGCAAUCUGCUGUUGGUCCAUGCUGGCUACCUCUCUGGGCAUCCUGAGGACACCAAAGCAGUUAUUGCUCCCUUGUUGGCGUCCUUCCACCAACGUACUGCGUAUUACUCUGCUCUGUCCAAGCUGCACGGUAGGGUCCAAGCAGUGAUUAACGUAUGCACUACCCAACAGCGUGCAGCUAAGGUGGCCCCUCCCGAGCCCUUGGCGAAGUACGUCGAGUCCCCCAACGGUGGAGAUGAUGCUGCCUAUGAUAAUGACGUUGCUAUGGAGACAGAUGAGGACAGUCUUGACGCGAUGGAUUCGGAAAGCGACGAUGAUGGGGAUGACGAAGGGUCCGACUAG